AAUAACUGUGUUGUAAUAAAUACAUCCACUAUAUAAGAUGGUUUGAUCCACCUAACAAGCACAGUUGAGAUUGGCGCGUCUUACUAUCAGAUCUAAAAUGAAACUGUUCGUUGUCUUCGCUCUGGUGGCUGUGGCGAGCGCCGCGGCGCAGCAAAGGGCUCCGCGUCAAAACUUUGUUCCAUCUGUUGUCAACCUCUUGAGAUUCAAUUCAGAUAACGACGGACUCGGAAAUUAUGCUUUCUCAUAUGAGCAAGACAACGGACAGAAACAGGAAGAGCAGGGUACCCUGAAGAACGCUGGAACCGACAACGAGGCGCUCGCCGUCAAGGGCUCGUACGAGUGGGUGGGCCCCGACGGCGUGACCUACAACGUCAACUACGUGGCUGACGAGAACGGUUACCAACCCACCAUCGAACAGGGACCCGGCGGUGCCGUGCCCCCCGGCGUUGUCGCUUCCCUGCUGGGUUAAGCCGUUAGUUAAAAAUAAAUAAAACUAGUCCAAUUUACAAUAAAAUAUCUUCUAUUUAAUGCA